AUGGUUAGAGAUCUAUAUGAUUUUUUCUCUUAAAAUACUGAGAGUACAGAUGCAGAACUUAAUUACAAUAAAUUUAUACUUCAUAAAAAUAGAGUUAAAAAACCAAAUAAUUCUGUCUACAAAAUAGAAGAAAAUAGAUAACGAAAAAAAAGUUAUGCUUUUGGCUCUUCAACAGAAAGAUCAAAAGAAGAUAUCAAAUUACCUCCACUAUUAAGCUAUGAGAUUUCGUAUUCUCAAGUUGAUGUCUAUGUUCCUAAAGUUAGAAUUUAAUAAAGAAAUAAUAACCAAUCUAAAACUAAAUUUACUACCGAAUCUAAUAUUAAUAAAGUAAGAAAACCCUAAAAACUUAAAUCUCUUUAAAUUGAGAGUACAAAUCAAAGACAAUUAUAGAGAUUAUUUCCAUUAGAAUUUGAAAGACCUAAUCAAUAUUUCCCUGCUCAUCCUUAUUAACCAAUGAGCAAUAAUGAACUUAAAGAUUUGUUUCAAAGUCUAUUGUAUGUUAUAAUCAUUAAACAAUAGAUCUAAACAUAGAUGUCGUAAGCCAACUAAUUCCUGGGAUUGA